AGGCCAAUGCUGUAAUGCAUGUGAAGCAAUUAUCAGUGUUUUGCCUUUUCAUAAUAAUUGUAAAUAAUAUUAAAAAGCAUGUGUGUCAGUUUUCAAGGAUAUAAGAAACAUUCCUUAAGGAGAAUUUAAGAAAUCCUUAAGAAUGAAACUCAAAUCCAAAUCUAUGCAUAUCCCACUUCCAUGUUAAAGCCCUUUUCAUUCCUUCAACAGCAAAGAGGUUGGUGGAGGUGUUGCAUUCAUGGAAUCUUGUAAAACGUCAAUCUGAAAAGCAACCAAUACCUUUAACAGAAAAAUCCUUUCUUUUUCAGUCAAUUGUUGGAGGGUGUCCUUUUUUUUUUGGGUUUUUUCAAGGGAGAGAAAGUUUCUUUCUUUCUUUUAGAGAUAGAGAUGAAGGAGUUGUUUGGGAGUCCAGGUAGAGUCAGUGGGCUGGGACUUAGAGUUGGGCAGUUUGCUUUUGCAGCUGCUUCAAUUGGAGUUAUGGUCUCUGCUCGUGGAUUCUUUAACUCCACUGCUUUCUGCUAUUUGAUUGCGUCAAUGGGGCUUCAAGUUCUUUGGAGUUUUGGCCUUGCAUGCCUUGAUCUUCAUGCUUUGAGAUCAAAGAGAAACCUGCAAAAUCCUGUCUUAGUCAGCCUAUUUGUUGUUGGUGAUUGGGUUACAUCUAUUCUAUCACUUGCAGGUGCAUGUGCAUCAGCUGGAGUUACAGUUUUGUACACGAAAGACUUGCAUUACUGCAAAGGACCACCAUUUUUCCCAUGCGGCAGGUUCCAAAUCUCUAUUGCUUUGGCAUUUAUCUCAUGGUUCCUCCUUGCCAUUUCUUCUCAUGUCAUGUUUUGGCUUUUGGCCAAUGUAUGAAUCAUUCAACAUCAACCACAGUGCAAUAUUCUUCAUUUUACCUUGUAAAUAUCGUUAUAUCCGGAACCCAUCUGUUUUUCCUGGAAAUGCCAGAAUUUUCCCUUUUCAAUAGCGAGUUACUUAGGCUGACCCAUAAGAUCGUUGCUAUAUUGUGUUGCAACCACUUGUUUUGUCGAACUGAAGAUUGAGAAAAAUUGAGAGAAGAAACAUUGUUUUGCCGCUCCA